AUGGGUGAUAUUGUUAGCAUAUCAGUGUCAACAGUUGAGGUGGAUGCAGUACUGGGUCGCACGGCAUCUCUGCCGUGUGACCUCACGCCAGAUACCAACGAGGACAGGGUUUACAUGGUACUUUGGUUUAGAAAAAGCGGUGGUAAACCAAUUUAUAGCUUUGAUGUGAGGGGCAGAUCAUUCAAUAAAGCCCUUCAAUGGUCAGAUCCUGGUGCUUUUGGACCUCGAGCAUAUUUUGUGACAGUAGCACGACCUGCAUCUCUAACGUUGAGUUCCGUUCAAUUGGAUGAUGAGGGCACUUACCGGUGUAGAGUUGACUUUAAAAAUUCUCCCACUAGGAAUUUUCAAAUAAGACUCAUCGUCAUAGUACCGCCACAUCAAAUGUUGUUGUAUGAUAAAUCUGGUGCUGACGUUUCUGGUGUAUUUGGGCCCAUAGAAGAAGGAUCAGCUCUCGUACUUAUUUGUGAAGUUCGUGGAGGAAAACCAGAACCAGUAGUAUCGUGGCUGAUAGAUGGUACACCAGCAACACAGUAUAUUGGCGAAAAGACAGACACACACGUGGUUGUAAAUAGAUUGGAGCUUCAGCACGUGAGGAGAGGAGACCUAAAUAAAACUUUUAAAUGUAGAGCAGGCAACACACACCUCGUGCCCCCACAAGAGAAAGCGGUUAGGCUGGAAAUGAAUUUGGCACCACUGUCGGUAUCACUUUUAAAUCGGCCACAGAAAUUGCUAGCCGGAGCAGCGACAUCGUUACGUUGUGUGUCGGAAGGCAGUCGCCCACCAGCAGAAGUAACAUGGUACAAGGAUAACAGAAUCUUCGAGAAGAAUGAAGUUAGUGAUCAUUCAAACGAGACAUGGACAGUCAGUACACUAGUAUUCACUCCUACGCCGGAAGAUCACGGAUUGAUCGUGAAAUGUGUGGCAGUAAAUGUUGCGCUUCCUACCAAAUCGAUUGACGACCAACUAAAACUGAAUGUUGUAUACAGCCCUUUGGUGUCUUUAACACUCGGCAGCACACUAAAUCCUCAUGACAUCAAGGAGGGUGAUGAUGUAUACUUUGAAUGUAAUGUAAAAGCAAACCCGCGGGAGCAUAGAAUAACAUGGUAUCACAAUGACAGACAGGUGACACAGAACAUGACAUCUGGUAUAAUCCUGAGCACCCGUUCGCUGGUUUUACAAAGAGUGACGCGACGGGAAGCCGGCCAAUAUUCAUGCCGGGCUGCGAAUGCGAGGGGCGAAACUUCUAGCGAGACCGUGUUACUAAGGGUGCAAUAUGCACCUGUCUGUGGGAUGUCAUCACCUAGGGUGGUUGGAGCUGCUUUGGAUGAGUCUCUUCAAGUCCGUUGCUCUGUGAAUGCCGACCCAGCUGAUGUUGUAUUCCUUUGGCAAUUUAACAAUAGUGGAGAGAGUUUUAAUGUGUCACCGGCAAGAUAUGGUACGUUGAAUGGUAGCACCAGUGAACUAAGGUACACGCCCGCAAGCGAACGAGACUACGGCGCGCUCACGUGUCGAGGAACAAACAGUGUCGGUCAACAGGCACAACCUUGUGUCUUUCAGAUUGUACCGGCAGCAAGACCUUCUCCGCCAAGAAACUGUACAGUUUCAACUGGAAACACUUCAAAUUGGAUCGAAGAUUCUAUUGAGGAAGCUAAUGACUACCUUGUUGUCAAAUGCGUCGCGGGAUACGACGGGGGUCUACCGCAACUAGUCGUUUUGGAAGCUUUGGACUCUCAGUCUGGCGCUUUAAGGUUGAAUGUUACUGCUAAUGAGACGAAUGGAGUGGUAGUAUUCUUAGUACCAGUUGAGAUACUAUGGUCGGGAGGAAAAGCGUUGCGCCUUACCGUUCAUUCUAGAAACGACAAAGGAGCGUCAGAUCGAAUUGUAAUUCAAGCCCUGUCUUAUCAAGACCCGGAGCGACGGACAGAUGGAAGCCAAAGCUUGAUGGCGGGUAUGUCUAGCACAGCAUUUUGGACUAUCAUCUUGACUGUUCUAUUUUGUACCAGCUGUACUUUAGUUACAAUUUUGUUUGUCAGGAAGAAGAGGGCUCGAGCAACAUGUAAGCAACAAACGCCGGAACUUCAGCUUAACUCUGAUGGCAGACAGUAUGUGGUAGCUUAUACGUUAAAACCACCCAAACAGGCGCAACCAGAUAUUCUCAACCCACAACCUGAUGGGAACUCUUUAGAUUGUGGAGUGGACGCUGUCAAAAAUGGGACUCUUCAUACAAGUGAGAGCGAAUCGCGAGAGCAAGCCAGUAUAUCCGACAAAAUGGUACAGUUAACUUUAAAAGUUUUGGCUAUAGAAUUCUAUUCACUCGACAUCCUCGACCACAAUGACAAACAAACUAGUAACUAUAAGUACCUCAACGCUCAGCAGACGAGAACAUCUCAUAGCUGA